CGCGAGACGGCUCACGGCGCAUGCGCAGCCGUUUGGGCGCGUCCUCUGAGGGGUCCGAAGAAGAAGAGGCGGCAGCGGCGGCCGGAAAGUCGCAAAAGGGGGUCAACUGAUCCUGGGACACCGACCGUCACAACUAUGAACCAGUUGCCAACCGUCCGAAUUUUGAUCAUGUGACCAUGGAGGCUGCUGCAAUGGUCGAAGAUCCUCUCCUUAACUGCCGCUCUCCAUGAAAUGCCAGAGAGGAAAGACAACCAAUUAUCCCGCUCCUUGCCUCCGGCUUUGAAAAGAAACCCCUCGGCUGGAAAUAGCUGGUGUGCUGUCGAUCCGCCUCUCAAGCGUUCUAGUCCUCAAAAAGCCCAAACGGCAACUAACAUUCGAGCCCUUCCUCGCACGAGCCCAAUGGACGAUUUUCCAGCAAGGUCUGGAAUUGGACCUCUGUUUUCUACCCUUUUCGCCGUUCCUGAUUUUAUUUUAUUUAUUUAUUUGCGCUCCUCCCUGACACACACACACCCUUUUUUUUUCUAAAGAAAAAAAAAAACACUUCUGGCCAACCCAGUCCAGUUACUUCAUAGGGACUAGUCUCCUUCCAUCUGUCCUCCGCCUGAAUGGACAGGGAGACAUUUGCGUGCGCCACGAAGUUUUUCCGGGACUACAGCGGCCUGACUCGGGGCGCCGCCUGCCAGCCUCACAACCAUGUGGACUACAUCGAAAAGCAGACGUUCACUUACGCGGAUUUUUUCAAGGAUUACUAUCCCAACGAUCCUUGCGUCUUCUCCGCGAAGUUCACGGAGGGCUGGGCCAGCCAGAAAUGGGUCACGCCGGACGGGAAACCCAACUUGGAUUAUCUCCUGCGAACGUUCGGCGAGGCUGUAGUCCCCGUGGCCAACUGCGAUGUCAAGGAAUACAAUUGUAACCCAAAGGAACAGCUUAAGCUCAAGGAGUACAUAAGCUAUUGGAAGGAACACAUUAAAAAAAGCUAUCACUCCUCCCGCGGCUGCCUUUACCUCAAGGAUUGGCAUCUGCAAAGGACAUUUCCGGAUCAGGAGGUCUACACCAUGCCCAUCUAUUUCUCCUCUGAUUGGUUGAAUGAAUAUUGGGAAGCCAUCGCUGUGGACGACUACCGGUUUGUCUACAUGGGACCUAAAGGCUCAUGGACGCCCUUCCACGCCGACGUCUUCCGCUCUUACAGCUGGUCAGCCAACAUCUGCGGCAAAAAGAAAUGGCUGGUUUUCCCGCCAGGCCAAGAAGAGUUUCUGAAAGACCGCCACGGCCACCUGCCAUUCGACAUCACCGCUCCCGACUUGAAGAAUGGCUCCCUGUAUCCCCGCUACGCUCAGAGCAGCCCUCCGGUCGAAAUCAUACAGGAAGCCGGCGAGAUAGUCUUCAUCCCGAGCGGUUGGCAUCAUCAGGUUUACAAUCUGGAAGACACCAUCUCCAUCAACCACAACUGGGUGAACGGGUGCAACGUGGCCAUUAUGUGGAGCUUCCUACAGGACGAACUCGCCGCCGUCCAGCGGGAGAUCAAAGAAUGGAAAGAGAGCAUGGAAGACUGGCACCUGCAAUGCCAGGUGCUGAUGAAGUCCUACACCGGCAUCGACUACAAAGAAUUCUACAACUUCCUGAAGAUCAUUGCGGAAAAUCGCAUUUUCGUGCUGGAACACCACCAUUCCGAAGACGACGCCUCCAAGCGCUCGUCCAGGGCCGCCCUCUCCAGCCUGGGGAUGCUUCACGCGGUGUUCGACCUGAAAAGGACCGCAAAAGUCUUGGCCUCCUUGAAUGCCAACGAAGAAUUCAAGAAGCUGAAACCCGAGGCCCUCUCGCCUCCCCCGCAGGCUCUCCUGCACCGUCUGAAAGCCGCGAUCGACACCGCCCUCCUCUGAAAGCCUCCCUGGCGAGCAUUUUUUGAUUUGCAAACGGCCUUUCCUUUGCAAGAUGGCUGCAUGUGAAUAUUAUCUUCUUCUUCUUCUUUUUCUCACCCCUUUUAAAAGUUGCCAGCACAAAAAUUAUUAUUAUUUUGAGGAGAUCGACGGGCAACGCAGAGGUAGACUUUUAGAUAAUUUAAAAAGUAAAGGAGUCCCUUGUAAGUUUUACAGGUAGUCCUCGGCUUACGACCACAGCCGAGCCCAACAUUUCCACAGACGCUUGUUAAGUGAGUUUUGGCCCAUUUUACGACCUUUCUCGCUGCUGCUGUUCGUAGUUAGUAAUCAGGUCGUUAAGCGAAUCUGGCUUCCCCGUUGAUUUUGCUCAUCCGAAGGUCGCAAAAGGGGAAUUAAGUGACCCUGGGAAGCUGUGACUGUCAUAAAUACGGGUCAGUUGCCAGGCGUCUGAAUUUUGAUCAUGAUGCUGCAACAGCCGUAUAUGUGGAAAAACGGUCAUAAGCCACUUGGACGGUCACUAAAUAAACCAUUGUAAGUCAAGGGACUAUCUGUACUCCGCUAGUUGUAGAUGAAUUUAGGAGGUGAACUAAAGAAUUUAAGGGGGAGAGGGUAGGAAAGCCCCCUUAAGCAAAGACUCUGAAAAGCAAAGAGUCAAAUUCGAGGGGGGGGGGGGGGAGUUAUAAUCCAUUUGCUCCCCGGAAACUCUCUUCCUGCAGAACAGGACUACAGCACCUCUUGAGUUACCGCUACUUAAUUGAUUUUAAAUCUGGCCGAAUCGAGCUUAAUUCUGAAUAAAUCUAUAUAUAUCUAUCUAUAGAAGCUUAUAUUCCCGGCACCUUUGCUUCGUUUGAUUCUUUGGGCCGGCGGAAAAGAGCCUUAAGGUGGGAGCACGCAGAGAAGAAAAGAAAGGGCAAAAAAAAAAAAAAAGUCACAUAUUUGUUGCUUGAAGCCAUUUUUUUUUUUUUUCUCUCCUCGGUUGGCGCGGCGUGAACGCGAGAAAGCAACUAGGAAUUUUCAGCUCAGGCGUCGCAUAUCAACUUUUCAGGGAUCGGACGAAGGUUGUGGCGUGUCUUAGCUGUCUCAAGCUGGACGGAUGGAGAAGAGCGUCCACUUUUUCUUACUAAGCCAUAUUCGCUUUCUCAGCUUCAAGGGCUGCUUCUCGCCUUGCCUUUCUGCUUUUGAGUUCGAGACGUUUUCGAAAUCAGCCAGGGUCGUCGGGGUUUUUUUUUCCUUCUUCAAUUUCUUAAACCGAGAUUUCCUGAAAUCUUCCUCAGCAGCCUCCAGGCCUGGAGCAGAACCACCCCUGGUGAAUUCAAGAGACGAGGAGGACAAAGAACAAGGGACCUUGGAGGUCUUCUAGUCCAACCCCCAGGAACAAAAGCCUUGAUCUGGAGCAACAAAGGACUUUUCUCCGAGACCCGACCUUCUCUCUUCCUCCUUGAUCAGAUGUGAUGGGCGAACAUGGAGACUGCUCAAGCUAAUGAGUGGGGGGAAAGGAAAGAGGACCACUUGGAGAUCGGAGGAGGCGGCCCUUCAAACAAACAGACUAAAUCUCCAUGUGUUAACCCACAACAGUUGCUCGGAGGAAGGGUGUCCCUUCCUUUAAAAAAAAAAAAGGACAGCACAAAAUUUAGUGUACAUUUUAGGAAUGAUCCCAUGGUGUCCUCUGAGCUCGGGUGGUUUUCUUGCAGACAUUUCACGACCCAACUAGGUAACAUCAUCAGGGCUAGAAGGAAUUGCAUGAGAAGAAAGGAGGGGAGGAGGACGACUGGAAUCCUUGGUGCUCUCUCAACUUCGUUGUAUUGUUCUAAGACAUUUCAUGAACAAACUAGGUAACAUCAUCAGUGCUGGGAGGGAGAGGGAUAUGUGGAGAGGAGGAAGAGGGGGAUUGUUUUGAAAUGUCUGCAAGAAAUUCCCCAAGUUCAGAGAACACCCAAAGACCCUACAGUCGUCGUCCUCUUCUCUGCAAACCUUCCUUCCUUCUAGCGCUGAUGAUGUUAUAUAGUUGGGUCAUGAAACGUCUGCGAGAAAACCCACAUUUCAUCCCUGAACAUAGUUAUAAGAUACAAGCUUCGUACACUACGGCUAAGCGUAACUAGUCCAUAUGCCAUAAGGGCUCAAAACUACUCGUAGGAUGUCCCUUUCGGGGUGUCAGUAGGAAGCACCCCAACUCUGUAGAGGCUUCCUUCUCAAUGGGGACCGGCUGGGACCUGGUCUUCCUCUUAGCUGUAGCCCAUUUAAAUGUCCACUUUUCCUAGCGGGGGCCUGUUUUAACCCUGAGCUGAAGUGGACUCAGAUACCCCCCCCCCCCCCCCGGCCCCAAGUGUUUUGCCAGAUCUUGAUAAAAUUGCACAUUGAGAAAAAAAAAAGAGAUAAUAAAUGAAUUAAACGUU